GUCUGCAACACUUCCUGUGGCCCAGACAGUACGAGAUACUGUUGGAUUCAUCAGUGUGAGGUACUCCAUAUAGUGUGGCGGCUCGAACAUCUAUGAAAUCCGUAUUCUUCUAUGUAUUUAAAUGUUAUGCAGGCAGCAGGGCACACUACCGAGGCCCAUGCCUAGUAUCCUCGGAUAGCGGGUCAUGUUGAACUUGACCUGUAUAUGUAUAACCCACCACCCAGCCUUUUGCAGCACUUUUACAGCAAUCUGAAAGUCCUUAGAUGUUUUACUUAGUAGACAAAUUCUACGGCGGAGAAACCAGGAAUAUUUAUUAGCAACCAACCCCAAGAUGGAGCCAUCCAGCGCAACAACGGGCUUCUUCCAGGCCCAGCCAACUAUUCUGCCUCAAUAUUAUGAAGAUGCUGCUUUUCGGCGUAUCAUCUCCCUGUAUCUUCCGUCACCUUUACCCUCCAGCAUAGAUGAAGAUCUUUCUCGAUUUUCCCGUCUUGUGCUGUCAAGAUCUCAUAUGGCCUAUACGGCAGAAGCAGAGCGCAACCAGCCGUACCUUCGCCCUCUUUCUACGUUUGGUGUAGAGAAUAAUCAGGACCCUCUAGUCACGAGUGAGGGGUGGCGAAAAUUACAAGACCGAGGGAUCGAGGAAGGGAUGGUGGCACUAGCAUAUGCCGACGCUCAAUCACACAAUGGCGGAAAUACUGGCACGCAGUUGAAUAACCGGGCAUAUCAAUUCAUCAAAUACGCUCUUUGGACUUCUAGUGCCGCUCUGGUUACAUGCCCAUCUGCUAUGACCGAUGGCGCCGCUAAAAUGCUCGGACGGCAUCUGAACGGUCCAGAUGGUGCUAUAUUCACAGAGGCGAGAAAAAGAUUGAUUAGUCGAGAUCCCAGUUUUGCAUGGACUAGCGGACAAUGGAUGACAGAACGUAAGGGAGGCAGCGACGUUCGUGGAACGGAGACUGUGGGUAGGAAACUCUCUGUAGAAGAGCAAAAUGCGAGUAAAGGGGUUGAUGAACUUGGAUAUCCUCUUGGACCAUGGCAGCUCGACGGUUUCAAGUGGUUUUCCUCCGCUACCGACGCCAAUAUGGCGAUCAUGCUUGCCAAAACAGGACCAAAUGGCCAAAUUAGCACUUUCUACGCUCCCUUGCGCAGAAAAGUUCCGGGUGGAGCCGAAGGCGAAACGGAGCUUAACGGAGUGAGAAUUCAGCGCUUGAAAAAUAAACUCGGCACGAAAACUCUCCCAACUGCGGAACUGGAACUGAAGGGAAUGAGGGGCUAUUUGAUUGGCAAAGAAGGGGACGGCGUGAGGGAAAUUUCAACCCUCCUCAAUAUCACCAGGGUUCAUAAUAUGGCUGGAGCGGUGGGUGGAUGGGCGAGGGGGUUGGCAAUCUCGAGAGCUUAUGCGAAGGUGAGGGUCGCUCGCGGUAAACUCCUCACAGAGAUGCCCGCACAUGUAAGAGCACUUGCCCGAGACCAUGUCAUGUACAGGGGCCAUCUCAACCUUCUCCAUUUCGUCGCCUCGCUACUGGGAAUUUCUGAAGGGCAAGAUAGCCGCCUCACGCAAGCCACCCAGGCUUCCAUCCUCCCAACCAACGCUCAGCAAUCCGGUGCUCUGCUCCGUCUCCUUACCCCAAUGGGCAAAGCUCAAACGGCCCUCAGAUCUAUCAAUGGAGUUCGUGCCUGCAUGGAGAACCUAGGUGGAGUUGGGUAUCUCGAGAAUGAAGAUCCCGUGUUAAACAUUGCGAGGAUUUUCCGGGACAUAUGCGUGCUUAGCAUUUGGGAAGGAACCACUGAUAUCAUGGCGGACGACCUGGUUCGUGUGGUAAAAUCUAAGCAAGGCCCGGCGAUCUUAGUAGCUGUGGGACAAUGGGUCGCGAGCGCUUUGGCGAUUGCGCGCAAGCAUUCAUUCCAAGCAGAAGCUGAGAUAAUCCAGAAAACAUGGGCGCAAUGGCUGCAAUGCACCGAAACUAAAGAUGCAGAACAGCUAAGGUGGGAAGGAAGAGAUCUCCUUGUCGGACUCGAGAGCGUGAUUUGCGGCCUGCUGCUGAUUUUGGAUACUGCCCGAGAUAACGAUCCUAUCUCGAGGGAGGUUGCAAGGCGCUUCACCUUGAAGGACCAGGCCACAUAUAGUUCUUGGGAAGUUGAAGCUGCCUGGGAUAAACGGAUUGUCUUCGGUGACGAGGCCGCGGCAACCGCGAGGCUUUAAUCGACUGGAUCUUAAGUUUUUUCUUUUUUUUUUUUUUGUAUAUAGUUAUUUGAUUAACAAUGAACCAUGAACCAUAAACCAUGAACCAUGAACCACCAUGUAAUUUACAAUUAACAUAUGUACAGAGCACUUGUAGAUUGAAUCAACGUCGUUUGCAAGAAUACUUUUUUGAAGAUGAUGUACGGAGUACACCUGGGCAGCAAUAUCCAGCUCACGUGGGAGAUGCCUCGCG